UUGCCAAGCAACCCACUGUCGGCCAAUCACGGGCCUCGGAGGUGAUGUCAUGGAGAGCGAGCGGCCGUGCUGAUGGGGAGAGAAGCCCGGGGUACCACUAAUUGAGGGAGUGAGGAAGGGAGCAGCACGCUCAAACGGGACUGCAGAUUUGUGACAGCAUCCUGAGCUGGGGAUAGACCUACUCUGACUUUCAACCAGAUUCAGCCUUCACAUUCCAGAAAACAUGACCCUCGCUGCCUACAAAGAGAAGAUGAAGGAGCUUCCACUGGUGUCCUUGUUCUGCUCCUGUUUUCUAGCUGAUCCCCUGAAUAAAUCAUCCUAUAAAUAUGAAGGCUGGUGUGGGAGACAGUGUAGGAGGAAAGAUCAAAGCCAGCGGAAAGACAGUGCUGACUGGAGAGAAAGAAGAGAGCAGGCAGACACAGUGGACCUGAACUGGUGUGUAAUUUCUGACAUGGAAGUCAUCGAGCUGAACAAAUGUACCUCGGGCCAGUCCUUUGAAGUCAUCCUGAAGCCACCCUCCUUUGAUGGGGUUCCUGAGUUCAAUGCCUCCUUACCCAGGCGGCGAGACCCAUCUCUGGAAGAGAUCCAGAAGAAACUAGAAGCAGCUGAGGAGCGAAGGAAGUACCAGGAAGCUGAGCUUCUGAAGCACCUGGCAGAGAAACGAGAACACGAGCGGGAAGUGAUCCAAAAAGCCAUUGAGGAGAACAACAACUUCAUCAAGAUGGCUAAGGAAAAACUGGCUCAGAAGAUGGAAUCCAAUAAGGAGAACCGGGAGGCCCACCUUGCUGCCAUGUUGGAACGGCUGCAAGAGAAGGACAAGCACGCGGAGGAGGUGCGGAAAAACAAGGAGCUGAAAGAAGAGGCCUCUAGGUAAAGCCCAGAGGCCAAAGAAGUUUCCAGAACAGCCGGACAGCUCCAGCAGCUCCGCAGUUCCUGAGGCAGCCUCGUCGGCCGUCGGCUGCUCUCCCAGCACUGGGGUUUGGGGGGAGGGGGGUGGCCAGGGGUGUUUCCUCUGCUUUUGGUGUUUGUAUAUGUAAAGAAUUGACCAGUGAAGCCAUCCUAUUUGUUUCUGGGGAACAAUGAUGGGGUGGGAGAGGGGAGAGAAGGAGAGAAUUUAGGAAAGGAGAUAGAGAAAGACUCAUGGACACUGCAACCCUGCCCACCGCAGACUCAGGUCAAGUACUUGGCUUUUCUUCACAGUGAACGUCCAGGCACCGUGUUGAGGGAAGCUGCACGUGGGGCAGUAGCCACACCAAGUGAAGGGUGGAGUCCUGGGUGGGGCAGUGGCUGCAGGGUGUGGCAGGAGAGCCCAGGGAAAGGGUGGGGGGCCUGGAGGUGUUGCUUCUGCCCUGCAACAGGUGGGAUGAGGUCUGAGUGUGUGUGUAUUAACCAUCAUCUUUUGAUCAUCAUGACCAAUGAAAUAUUUAC